CAUUUCAUCCCGUUAACAUAUUCUGGUGCAGUGUUCGUGUGUCACUGCAGCUGCUGUUCCCAGUAGUUGAUUCAUGCAGCCCAUGACUCCCAAUUCCAGAAAACCAGGAGUCAUAGGCUCCAAACACUCGACCUGAAGAGGCGGGAAGUGUCUGGACAUUGUUACGGUGCAGAAGGAAAACACAUUUUGAGGGAGACUGUAAGGACACAAUCACAAAUCAAGUGGUUCAUCAUCUAAUGCGGUAAAGAGGUUUGUAGGCUGAACAGUAGGUGAUGUUAAUUUGAAUCCCGGCUCAUAUUCCGUCCUGUCAGUUUUUCUUGAAUCCCAAGUACGUGUGAUUUUAUGAAAUCCUAAUCCUGGGAGUUGCCAGGCUGUUUUCUUCCACUACAUCUGCCUGGUGAUGGAGGAUUAUUUUUGCCGUGUAGGUACCUGCCCUGUGAACGUUUUAGCCCAGGCACUUAUUUUUAGAGGUGGGGGGGGCCUCCUGGCUACACGUCGCUCCACCUCUGCCUCCCUUUGGAACACAGUAGCUUGUUGUUUUCCUGCUCACAACUGGACGGGGACAUGGAAGAGGAAGCAGGACGCGGUGCUGCGGGUGACAAGCCAUGUCAGGGAGGACGAGGAGGACGACGAUGAAGGCGUUCUGUGCUCGGAACAGCCAAACAUGUUGUUCGCAUGGCCCGAUGGCUGCGAGGUGUCAGGUCCAGUGUUGUUUUUGGCACGCGGGUGUAUUGUGUGUGCCCCGGGGUGUGUUCCACUAAAGGAACUCCUGGCAGCAAGACAAUAACAGCGCUGGCACAAGGGAGGGUCGGAGCAGGUCGGAGCACAGGGGAGUGUCAUACGGCAAAGGAGGCUUGGUUUGUGUCUAUGUGCACCCCAGCCAACACGCCAGCGACGCCCCCCAACUUCCCGGACGCGUUGACCAUGUUCUCCAGGCUGAAGGCGUCCGAGAGCUUCAACAGCGGCAGCGGUGGCAGCCCCAUGGCCGCCUCCAUGGCCACCUCACCCCCGCCCCCCCAGGUCGGCGGCUGGGGGGUCUCACCUAAUGUGCCGCAACCUCCACAGGGACUCUGGACUCAAGGGCAGCCCCCCACGCAGCCCUGCCCCGCCUGGCCCACGGGCGUAAACCCGCACGUGGGCGCCGAGCAGAAGGCUAGUGUAGCGAUGGAGGCUGAGAGAUGAAGGGCGGCAUGGGACUGAAAGGCCCCCCCUUACACCCCGAGGAGAGAAGGGAACGGGGUAUGAAAGCGGGGAGGGAGGGAAGGGUGGGAGGUGAUAAUGGGUAAAACAAAAAGAGUUUUGGUCUUUUUCUUUCCCAAAAGAAGGACGGAUGGGAAGAGAUGGAAACUACGCAAACCAAGAAAAACUCAACGAGGACAAUUCAAGAAGAGGAGAAAACCAAUGCAAAUCUCAAUACAAAAAAUAGAAAGAAAAAAAAGAUACGCACACACAUAGUAAGAAGAGAGCAACUGCAAUCUUUGUUAGUUUUUUCCUAAGUAAAUGCAUAGAUAAGAGAAAUAUUAUUGAACUAAAAAAAAAUAAAAAAUAAAAAAAUUGUCACGCCCAAGGAUUCUAUAUGAUGUUCACGGACAUUCAAGGCAGCAAAACUUAAUUUUCUGUUUUUUGUUUAGUUUUCUUUUGUUUUUUUUUGUUAUUUUCCAGCCAGUGUUUUUUUUUUUUGUGUCACUGGCAUUCUGUGUUUCUGCAACUGUCUGUGCUGCAUGAGGAGGGAGGACGUUGCAAUGCAGUGUUUUAGAUUGAUUCAAAAAUCAACACGCACUUAAGUGUGAGUGUGUACGCAUGUGAGCGGGUGGUCAAGUUUGUUAUCAAAAAAUGUAUACACACACACACAGUUUAUAUAUUCACACACACACACACACACACACACACACACACACACACACACACACACACAAGCGUCUAGAAGAAACACCUCCAUACUGUCAUCCCCAUCGUCAAAGGUGGGACUUUUCUUACCUCGCCUGGUGGUCACCUGACUUCUUUCAGCCAAUCAGGGAUUCUUCUUAUAGCAACCAUCGCCACCACCGACACAGGACAUGUUUUUAAAGUUUAUGCCAACUGAUUUUCGCAGCAAUGGUUCUUUUUUUUUUUCCUCUUCCUUACAGUUUUAAACCUGGACUCAGACUACAGCUGUCCUCUGGAGAUUUGGGUUAUUCCUUGAGAACCAAACUUGUGGACUUAAUGUAAUAUCGUUUUUUAAAUGCAAAUUUGUUCUGGGUUUUUUCGAGAGGUUAAGGGAGGCGGCUUCGAACUUGGGUGGGACUUGAGGUUGACGUUUUUUUUGUUUUGUUUUGAACGGGUGAAUCAAACGCACCCGAAAUGGCAACAGAUUUACUAGAAAAUACAAAACACGGCGACUUCAUCUUUGUAAACAGAAUUGCCACUUUGCAUGAUGUGUUCAUAAUGUGUUACAUAUUUUGUAACAGACAUACAUGAGGUCGAGAUAUUGUUUACGGGCGGGGGUGGAGUUAAGGAUCAGGGUGGGCCAGCGGGUGUUGUUCCCAUAGCAAAAAGAAAUGCAAUAGUGCAAAGUGUCUCGUUCAAUAUGAGAAACAAAACAAAAGAAACAGGGUGUGGGGGCAGCUGGGCGACGCCCACUACAAGUUAUUUAGGGACACAACAGACUACUUAUGAAUAUAUACAGUAUAUAUGUGUGUGUAUAUAUAUAUAUAUAUAUAUACACACACACACACACUCUCAGUUAGUGUACUACAGAGGGGUUUUUACAACGUUUAGGUUUCAACAUUCGACCGGUCCCUGGUCCAUUGAUCCUGCUGAGGGACAGUUCAGGGACAACCCUGACAUACGGCAAUAUUUGAAAAGCAGGGUCCGCCCCCUAAUUUUAGUUUGUCCUGUUUGGAUUAUUUUUACAUUUGAUAAAAGCUGAGAGAAUAAGAAGAGAUAUUUUGAAUAGCUUGAGAAUCUUUUUUUUUUUUUUAAGAUUAUUAGGGGAAGAAAAAGAAAAGGAUUUAAUAAUGAAUAAAUAACCAACUUCCUUUUUUUAUUAUUUAGAUUAAACUAAUGUUUGAGUUCAUCCCUUUUUCAUGCUUCAUACUUUAUUUGGUUAAAUCAGAGCGUUUUCUGGGUGGGCCUGUCCCUAAAUGGUUUCUCAUGUAUGUCCCCCCCCCCCUUGUUUGACUGUAUGAGACCAUUCCCACAAUAUUUGUGGACUACCUGAUAAUUAACUUAUCAUUUUUGUGAACCUAAAUAAAUAUUGUAUGUCAAUCUAA